AUGGCCCACUCCGAGGCGGGUCCCUCGCGCGCCGCGCACCCCGCCUUCCCUUCGGUUGCCCCACGGGUGGUGCCACAGAGCAUCCAUAUCCCACGCAACCCCGCGCACCUUUGGAAGCAGAUUGUGGACGCUCGCACGCCCCAGCUCCUCGCAGAGCUCGCCACGCUCCUGAACAUCCUCGCGCCUCCGACAGAUGGUCCUUCGGAGGCUCCCCGCGGUCUCCUCCGUCUUGAUGGCAUAGACCUGACACGCAUUCCUGAUGCGCAGAUCCCUGCCCUCACCCUCGGUCUCGUGUACAUUCUUACUGAGCGUCUGACUCAUCACGCGCGUGGUGCAGGCGAAAACCUCGACCUCGCGCUUCGUGUGUGUGUCGGCGGCAAUCCGGAACAGUUCGCGCGUGCUCCCACGCGUGUUACCCAGUUCGCGUGGGCGGUGCUUCGCGCAGCCCAGAAGGCGAAGGAGACCGCGCGUGUCAUUGGUCCCCUGCAGCACCUUCUUCGUCUCUCGUCCAACCACUCGCAGUUCAACGGUGUGCAUGGUGCCUUCCUCGAGACGUGCCUCUCACUCCGCGCCAUUGACGUCGGUUACCAGACACUCUCCAUUCACUACUCCAACGUCGCGGCGUACACCAACGUCCUCGACGUGCUGACUUACUACCACCACGCAGGAACCAUCGCGGCUGCAUCUGGCGACUUCGCGCGCGCUUCCGAGCUCUUGAUCUUCGGCGCCUCAAUCCCCGGGGAGACUCCAUCUGCGAUCCGCAUCGCGUGCGCGAAGCGCGCAAUCCUUUGCGAGCUCCUCAGUACUGGUCGCCAGGCCUCGUUCUCCAGGGACGUCUCCCAGACGAUGAACCGCUCUAUCGAGAAGGGCAUGGACCCAUACAGAAAGCUCUCUAUGGCGUUUGAGAAACGCCUAUGGGAUCAAGUGACUGAUACCGUCUCGAACGACAACGCUGUCGCCACGUUUGCGAGAGACUGCAAUGGCGGACUCGUCUCACAGAUUAUGGGCUCGAUUCCCAAGCGCCGGAUCCUAGAUCUCCGUAAGACGUACUCGCGCCUCUCGCUCGCGGACCUCGUCAACAAAAUACAUGCGCCCACAGAGGCCGUGAAGGCCGCCAUUCAGGACAUGGUUUUCCGCGGCGAGAUCCGCGCAACGAUCGACGGCACGCCUGAGAUUGUAACGUUUGUGGAUGAUGACGACUACGCCUCGCAGCAGCAGAUGGUCCAGCUCAUGCAUGCCAACCUACUCGCCCAGAGCGUCAACAACGACCUCCUAUACUCUAACCGGGCCAUGCUCCUGAACCGCAAGCUACUCCAGAAGAGAAUGGACAAGAUCGAGAACAAGGACAAGCGCGGACCCACCGAGCCGCUCAAGUCGCGCGGCGAGUUCGAGAUCACCGAUGACAUUGGGCAGGUGCGUGGCGUGGGGAGCAACUACGCCGACAUGGGCUUUUAG